AUGAUCAAGGUUAUAAAGCAUUGUUAUUUCUGGGAUCAGCCGCCGUUUUCUCUUCUUUUCCAAUUUGGAGUUAGGAAAAAGCAUCUCCCUCAAUCCUGGUCCAGUCAUUACUGCAUCUGGCUUCCUGUCUAUAGCCAUACAACAAAUUUGGAUUACACUUGCUUUGUUCGCGGUCUUGACAUGGAGGCUGAUGAAAAUGAUCUUAAGAGAGCCUUUUCAAAGUUUGGCAACGUUAUCGAUUCUAAAAUCAUCAACGACCAUGAGACUGGAAUAUCGAGGGGAUAUGAAUUUAUUACUUUCGAGGACGAGAAAUCUAUAAGAGAUGCCAUAAUGCUAAUGAACGGUGAUGAGAUCGAUGGUUGCUCCAUCCAUGUGGAAGAUAUUAAGGCUAAGCCUCCAGAUGAGACACUGUCUUCUCCAACGGUUCUGUCACAUAACAAAAGCCGUACGGCAAAUGCAAAACAACCUUAUCAGAUUGAGCUGUCAAAUUCAUUCUCUGCCCUUGAUGAAUUCUCGAAUCAGCCUCAUGAUUAUGACAUCUGUUGUUGA